CACGUGAAAAACGAAGGUGAUGAAAGUGUACAGUGGUGCAUGAUCGUUAGCUACAUGUUUGUGAAGGAUGACCUGUUGGUGGUGAUAUGAUUUGAAAUGAAUGUGAGAACAGCAGCGUGUUUGCUCUUUCGGUCUCAGUUUUUAACUCGUGGUGUUCGAUACAGCUCUAACCAAACACUGCCAGGGAUCACAGAGAAAACCAGAUUUAUCCCAGCAUCAACUUCUAAAUAUGAUUGGAUUGGGCCACCAGACAGACUGUCAAACCUGCGGCCUAUCAUUUACCACAUCCCUGAGAAUGAGACCCAGCUGGAGAGGAAACUGAGACAUCUGAGGCAGGAAACAGAAGACUGGAACCAUGAGUUCUGGACAAGACAAAAUCUCACCUUUAGGAAGGAGAAAGAGGAGUACAUACAGUCACGCCUGAAGGCAAAAGGACUGACAGAAAAAGAUGAAAAUGGAAGGAAAAGGAAUUUAACCAGUGAGGAAAUGGCGACCUUCUAUAAACGCUUCUUAGACAAAAACUAUAUGAAACAUGCAGCCUAUAACAAAGAAUGGUACAGACGGAACUUCACCAUUACAACCCUGAUGGCCAGAGUAACUCUACAGAAUUUCUGGAGGACAGUAACUGGUCAAGGGAGGAAUAAAGGCAAACCCACAACAAUGUCCAAAUAAAGACUCUGUCAAUCAGU